AUGGUGCGCACCAUUGCCAUGGACGGAACUGACGGCCUCACGAGAGGUCAGAAGGUGGAGGACACCGGCGCACCGAUCACUGUGCCGGUUGGAGAGCAGACGCUGGGCCGCAUCAUGAACAUCAUUGGUGAGCCCAUUGAUGAGCUGGGUCCCAUUGAGACCAAGAAGUUUUAUGCCAUCCACAGGCCAACGCCGACCUUCACUGAGAUGAACACCACGGCACAGCAGCUCUUGACGGGCAUCAAGGUGGUUGAUCUGCUGGCUCCAUAUGCCAGGGGAGGUAAGAUUGGGUUGUUUGGCGGCGCCGGAGUGGGAAAGACCGUGGUGAUCAUGGAGCUGAUCCACAACAUUGCCCUCAAGUGCGCCGCGGGGGGGGGGGGGGAGGAG